AUACACUUGUGUGUUGAGUUAAAGAUGUCUCAUAAAGCGAGGUUGGGUCAAGGGUCUUGAGUAAAAACGAGGCACUCAUGGCAGGCCACGCCCCUUGUACAUUGUUUAUUCAGCUGUGGCUGGCCAAAAUCUGUCGCCUGGUUAACUCCUUAGCGUUCAUCACAGCUUUAAAGCUUAAAAUACCGCACUCCUUUCUGAUUCUGUCGUUACAUCAAAAUCUCAAUGCGGAGGCACGCGUGAGGAGACCGCAGCGGUGGAAUCUGUGCUUUCGUCAUGGGCAGAUAUCAAUGUCAAAUUAACCAUAGCUUUCAUCCACAGAGAAAAGAAACGGGGGAUCCCCUGUUAUAUAUGGCCUUGGCACAUGGUCCCUGAUAUGUAAACGAAGAAAAUGACUUUCCCAGUUGAGAAAAAAUUGUUUUGAAUUGAAGCAUAAAGGACGCAAGCAUGGCUGAUUCAAAAAUAAGACGGACUGUGGAAAAAUGUUUCAAGUUUCUAAAAAAAUAUUGUAGGUUUCGCGAACUUGUGUGCAAGUUUUGCUAUUUUUGAUAACGACUGAUUAAUCACUUAAUCAUUGAUCACCUGAUUAUUGCCUUAAUCCUUUUUUUUAUAUCAUAUAAAAUUUUUGACACGGAACAAAAGACAGCAGUUACUGCAGCCACUGACCCCCUCCUCACCCCCCUCCAGACCCCUCCAGAGUCCCCAUUGCUCAGCAAACUGUACACACGCUGUCAGGUUGAGGUUCCAGGUUCUACGAUAUCGAUGGUCUGAUAUACUUCUGAUUUGUUUUGAAAUUAAUUAUAAACCAUGUGCCUAACAUCAGAUGUGAAACGGAUUUACAUGGUUGUUGUGUAGCGUAAAAAAGAGAAGAAAAUGAAUUAAUUUUUGUCAGUUCUUUUCCCAAUCUGACAUGUUCCUUAAAAAUUUCCUAAAAAUCGAUGCUUGCUGAGCUGCACUGAACUGGGAUAAAUAAUUAAAUUUUCCCAUCGGUUUUCUUUUUCUCGUUCUGUUUUGUGACGAGGGAGACAAUUCAAGGCGCUUGGCACGCCACCUCAUCAUGACGUUGCCCAAGACAAGCACCCUCGCUAGCAGACACUUCCCUCUUACGUAUGGUUCAUGUCAGAGAGGCUAAAAGCAGAGGUGAGAGGAACAUACCACCCUACCUGACCAUACUGUUGCUGCAAGAGAAAAGACCUUCUUAACAGGCACUUACCGUCAUACCCUGGUUAUCAGUGGGUCGAACAACGAAGGCCGUAUUGUUUCGACCCACUCUCUCUCCCUCUGGUGCUCUGGUACCCAGGGUGUACAAACUGAAAGUAACAGAAUUUCUAAAGUGUGACGUCAAAAAAAAGCUCUACUGGUCCCCGCACCUCGUCAUGCUGUUUGUCCAGCACAAGUACCAUAUCUUAGAGCAAUGACAGCCCCAGCGACAAACCAAAAUGUUUUUGGCCACGCCCUUUUUACCACCAGAAGGAACGCCGAUUUUACUUCAAAGGAACGCCCAUGACUAAUUUUUGGUUACGUUAAGGUAGAUUGAAGGUCAUAAGAUUACAUCACAAAAAAAGUACGUUGCCAAAAUAUUAUCUUUCCCCCAACAUUUUUCCAUCAAAUUUAGACGAAAUACAUAAUUGGUCCUGCCGAGAACCUGGAUGCACUUCCCGUACGCACAAAUCAUGUAGAAGAGACUAGAAGCAUGAGAAAAGUAACAAAUUCCCUCUCAAUUUCCAUGUGUACUUAAUCAUGCUAUAAGUCAUGCACACGAUCCAGCCUUUGUAUUCGUCAAACAGGCCAUCUGACACUCAUUCGACUUUACGUCGCUCGUGUGAAAUUUUAGUAUUAUAACUCUUAUGACAGCAAGUUGUCUCUUCUUUUCAUACAUUUGCUGAAUAACUGUGCAUAUUUUUAAAUUUUAUAGACUGUGAGUACAAGUUUCUUAUGAUUAAUGUUUUGCAAGAGCGAAGAAAAUGUUUUUAGACAUGCUGGUCAAGGAAUUGUCUAGUUUCCAUACUGUUCGACCUGAUAGUCAUAAAUAAGCAUGAUUAAUAGUCAUAAAUUAGCAUGAUUAAUUAUUUCAAGUAAAGGGUUAGGGUUAGGGUUAGGGUUAGAGUUAGGUUUAGGGUUAGGUUUAGGGUUAGGUUUAGGUUUAGGGUUAGGUUUAGGGUAAACUAAUUACGUCAUCAGGUCGAGCAGUAUGGAAACUAGACAGCUCCGCUGGUCAAAGGGUUACUGAUACGCGAUAGCCUCGUUUCUGGAAUGAGACAUGCCCUCGUUCUGAAUUGGUUACUGAACUAAGUGAUUCGAAUUUUUCAGGUUUACAAUUUUUUAAAUAAAUAUUUUUAAAAAUAUCAAUCUAGAACAUGCUCAAACCUUUUUUAAGGUUCGUUUCUUCGCCCUGGUUCAUGAAAUCCUACCAGAUAACACAUAACUGAAUACAACGCAAUUCCAAACUUGACUCCAAUAAUUUUCUCAACUAAACAAGGCUACUUACAAAAGAAUAAUAUAUACAACGCAAACUUAACUCUUCAUAAUUUGGACUCCACGACUCUUCAACGCAACGUAACUCUUCAACGCAACUUUACUCUUUAACGCAACGUAACUCGUCAACGCAACGUAUCUCUUCAACGCAACGUAACUCGUCAACGCAACGUAACUCGUCAACGCAACGUAACUCUCUCACUCUCUUCAACAACUGCUGAACAAAACUGCAUGCAAAUUAGAUAACGUUACGUGACGUACGAUAAUUACAACACACCAUUUUUUUUAGAUUUUCGUAGAGCGAUUGUCCCUUAGCCUGCGUGCAGACUCUGUUGAAAAAAUUGAAAAUAGGAGAAAAAGUAGAGUCUGCAAAGCCGAGCCAAUGCCUCAAAUUCAAGGAACCGAGUUUGAUUGGUUGGAGGAAUUUCAAUGGUAUUUUUUAGUUUUCAAAGUGGCGCCUCCGAGCAGAAGUAUAAAUGAAUGGUAUCAGGAUAAUCGAAUAGGUUUGUUUAUUGUUUUGAACAACUACGGCCUCAUUAAUUUAAUUUGUGAAUUGAUUUGAUCACAACCUGUUCAUCAAGUUUGUUUGUAUACAGCAUUGUUGUUGUUGACAACCGGAACAAAACCCAGAUGCCUGGACAAAACAAAAGCAUUCUUGGUUUUGGACCUUGCCAAACGUUGUAAGCAAUGGAUUUCUGGCCUAUCGCGAUUUGCAGCAUUUUUAUGCUUUCAUUGGCAAAUGUCGAGGCAGAGAAGCAUUUAAUUCUAGUUUCAAUGCCUUACGAUCCUUACUACAAAAAUUACGUCAACGAUAUUGCUAAAUUUGCGAACGAUCUCGCAAGCAUAGCAGCUGGAGACGACGAAGUUGUUGUUUUGUAUCCGCAGCAAUGGAGAUCCGGAUCUGAUAAGCGGAAUUUCAACUUAUCUAGCGCAAGAUGCAUAUACACAAAUGAAGAAAUCGAUUUAUGGACGCGGGAUUUCGGUUUUGUGAAUCCGAACAGACCGGUAAAGUUUAAGUUUGAGCCGAAAGGGUACUUGUCCAAAGCAUAUGCGAAAUUUGUUGAUAGUUCGUUCAGAAAGUUCUUAAGCAGCCGUGGUGUAACGGGCUUUGUCUCAAAUGAUUUGCUGACUGUUGACGGUGGAAAUGUUGUCGACAAUCAUUAUGGAAAAGCUGUUGUUUCAGAAAGGUUCUUCAAAAACAGCAACUCUAGUUCAUUGAAAACCAGACAAGACUUGGUCCGCAGUUUAGAGCAGUCACUCAACGCUACAAUAGCAUUCGUUCCGGACCCUUUGGAUACGACCGGGCAUGCAGACGGAAUGGUGUCGUUCAUUGAACCGGACACCUUGCUUAUUGGAGAUUAUAAUGAUCAGAGUUUCUUUACAGAAGUCAAACGCAUGAUCAAUAAAACUUUUCCGGAUAUCAAAACUGUCCGGAUGCCUUGCCCGGAUUCUAACAUAAGCGACUGGCAUGGUAGAUCUGCGGUUGGUGUCUAUGUAAACAUACUUUACACUGAUUCAAGUGUAUAUGUCCCUGCUUUUAAUAAACCGGCUUCGGAUAGGGAAGCUGUCCAGAUCGUCAAGGCUCAUGUUACACGCGAACGGAAAGUGAAAACUAUUGACACUGCACGACUGUCUCUUCAAGGUGGGAGUGUCCGAUGCAUGACCAUGCAAUUCACAUGGUCAAACCCUAUUGCACAAAAGCUAUAUAAAGAAAGUGUUCCUUGCAGAAAUGUGACCAGUAAGAUGACAGCAUUCUGGUCUGCACUUUUCAUCAUCUGGUCUGUGUUUUACAGGCUAAUUUUGUCAUAGAGGUUUUUGACACUUUGCAAAACAACAAAUUACAGGCAGUAUGAAAAGCAAAAAAAAUUUUUUUCGAGUUAGCUUUUAUCAUAUAUUCAGUUUCAUAUAAACACCACACAAAUAUUUUUUGGCUUUUAUUUAUCUGUCAUGCUGUUAUGUUAUAACUUAAAGUAACAGUGUAUUUUCCUAUCAAGAGAAAAGAAAAAUAAACAAAUAAACAAAAAGCACAGUAAAUUACAACAUGGUAAAGUUUGGAAUUCUUAUUUCCAAAAUUUCAACUUUAAGAUGCAACAUACAAUUGAUAAUAAUGAGAAAUAAGAAAGUACAUUGUCAAA